UAGAUUUCCUUGGAAAAAAGAAAAAUUAACAAUUUAACAACACCACCAACACUGUUUUUAGUUUAUGACAUCAGCAGCGCAUAAUAUAAACAACAUAAAAAGAUUCAUUAAUUUCAACCCGAUCCACAAAGAGAUUGAUUAAAGUGAAUUAAAAAAAAGAAAAAGAUGUCAACAAUUCCUCGUCCAAAAUCUCCUCGGGCUCCCAAUGCUAUAAAAAGUGGUGAAAAAGAAGAAAGUUUCUGGGACAAACUUGGAACACUUGGCAGGAAAAAGCGCAUAAAGGAAGUGCAAGAAGUCCAACAAGAAGGAAAAUAUGCCAUCGAUUCGCCCGGUAAUCCCAAUCAAUGCGAUAUUCCUCCAGAGGAUUAUGUUAUUCGUGAUCUUGAACAAAGAGCUGUAAUCGACCCACAAUCAGCAAGAGAUCCUGAAUUGAUUAAAUUACAACAAAUUUUGAUUGAUUGGAUAAAUGAUGAGCUUGCCGAACAAAGAAUUAUUGUUCAAAGGCUUGAUGAAGAUAUGUACGAUGGACAGGUUCUUCAUAAGCUUUGGGAAAAAUUGACAGGUAGAAAACUAGAUGUCUUAGAAGUCACCCAAUCAGAGGAGGGUCAACGUCAAAAGCUCAAUAUUGUUUUAAGAGCAGUGAACCACACUCUCGGUUUUCAUCAUAAAGUUCCCAAAUGGUCUGUGGAGAGUGUUCACUCUAAGAAUCUUGUGGCUAUUUUACACUUGUUGGUUGCAUUAGUUCGUCAUUUCCGUGCCCCUAUUCGCUUGCCAGAAAAUAUUUUCGUCACUGUUGUGAUAGCACAAAAGAAUGCUGGAAUUCUCAAUGCUCAAAAAUUCCAAGAGCAAAUCACAUCCGAAUAUGAUGACGUUGGUAUGCGAUGUGAAAAGGAUGCCUUCGAUACUCUCUUCGACUCUGCCCCUGAAAAACUAGCUGUUGUCAAGAAAUCCUUGAUAACAUUCGUUAAUAAGCAUUUGUCGAAAUUAAAUUUCGAAGUUAACGACUUAAAUACCGAUUUUCGAGACGGUGUUUAUUUGUGUCUAUUGAUGGGACUGUUGGGUGGAUUUUUUGUUCCACUUUAUGAAUUCCAUUUGACACCACGCGAUGUUGACCAAAUGGUGCAUAAUGUUGGAUUUUCGUUUGAUCUUAUGCAAGAUGUUGGUUUGCCAAAACCAAAAGCCAGACCUGAAGAUGUGGUUAACAUGGAUUUGAAGUCAACCCUUCGAGUACUUUACAAUUUAUUUACCAAAUUUAGGAACGUUGCCUAAAAUAAUUUCUAUUUUUUGGCAGUCAUUUAUUCUACUAAAUAGAAUCAAAUCAUUUAUAAUUGUUUGUAUAACACCCUCACUACUGACUUUUGUUUUAACAGUUUUAAAAUGUGCCUUGAGGAGUUAUAAAUUUUUAUUAUUAUUAUUAACAAUACGUUUAAUAAAGAAAAAAAAUAAUGUUUUGUAAUUUAAAAUAGAUAAACUUGUUAUUUUUUUAAAAAUAAAAUUUACAAAUUUUAACGAA